GUCUACGGAUUGCGCGUCUGUUCGAUAUCACCCCCGAGUUUCUUUGGCUGAUUCCUCGUUGACUUGAACAGAAAAGUGAAUCGUGACGCCGAGCCUCGCCACUCCCCGCAGCAGCGAAAGGAAAACCAGAAGUCGUCGGAAUUGGCUCGCGGGAAAUUCAGAAGGAGCAGCUCUUUGCGCAAAACUCUCCUUGUUACCACGUGAUUUCGUGCGAGUUUGACCGUACCUGUCCGUCUGACUCCACAAGAAGCAGGUAGUAUCCGACUGGGACGAAAAACUUGUAUCCGCAGCAGUCAUCCACGAUAUACGCAUGUCGGACGGUAUCGAGAACUUGAAGUCAUUUGAUCCCUUUGCUGACGCAAUCCGCGGGAAUGACAGCUCGAGCGUCCAGGACGGCUUGAUUCACAUUCGAAUCCAGCAGAGGAACGGCCGGAAAACGCUCACGACUGUUCAGGGCAUCGCUGAGGAUUUCGAUAAGAAGAAAAUCGUUCGGGCUUGCAAGAAGGACUUCGCCUGCAAUGGUACAGUGGUCGAUCAUCCCGAGUACGGUGAAGUUCUGCAGCUGCAAGGCGAUCAACGCAACAACAUCUGUCAAUUUCUAACGAAAAUCGGAAUCGCGAAGAGUGAACAGCUUAAGGUGCACGGCUUCUAGAGAACUUCCCGAGUAAUCGGGACUUAGAAACCGCACAAACCGUCGAGUGUUCCAAUAAAAUCUGACCAAGGACAUCAUCCGUGUU